CCAAAACAUUGUUGGUAAUCUCAUGAAGAUUAGGGUUUAGGAAGACGGAAUCUUGCUAGCCCGACAAAAAAAAUACGUGCCAAUAAGUUGAAGUUCCUUCUCCAGUACAUCGUUGUACCAUUGACUCUGUCCAGGACGGAAUGUUCGUGUGGAUCCAAUCUUCCACGUGUCAACAAAUGUAUCUUUCUCAUCGGCUUCAUGUCUUGAUCAAAUAAAUCAUCGUCAGGUUGAAGAAACGAAAAAACAACCAGACCAUAGAGACAUCAACACCCCCAUCAACACUCAUCCAUCUUCUGAAGCCAAAACAUCAGAUCUUGUCUAGAAGCUAGCUAGCUAGAGAAAGAAAGAAAGGAAGAAGCAAUGAUGAUGAUGAGAAGCUCUUCUACCAAGCAAUGUCAAUCAGCCCUGGUGCUGUUGAUGCUGAUGGCUAUGGCUGUGUCUGUGUGUCUUGGAUUUCAGGCUCCUCCAGUGCAGAGUGGUACUAGUAGAACCAGUACCCAGCUGUACAUAAUCAGUGGAGCCUUCAAAAAGUACAAGGCCGAACAGGAAAAGAAGAAAAUGCCCAUGGCCACUCGAGAGGAAGCCAAACUUGAAUCGCCGGGACUCCGCGUGGGAUCGUCUGUCUGGAAGUGGCCUCCUGUCUGGCCUUAUGAUAGACAGUUCUUCAUGCCGACAGAGGAUAUUCCAAAGGCUCCUCAGAUGAGCAUGAACCAAAUGGCGUCCAUGGUCAGUGGCAUUCAACAAGCGCCUGGAGCUGCAGAACCUACUCUAGAAGAACAGCAGGCAAACCAACUCGAUGUUUACGACUUUUGGGGAAACCAAAAGGCAGAUGUCAAGACUGAAAUGGAUCAAGAAGCCAUUGAAAAACUAAAGGCCCACUACGACUUUUACUUGCAAGACGGAGCAUCCAUCUUGGAACUCGGUGCUGCUGAAGAAUCCUAUUUGCCAGACUCGGUCAAACCCAGUAGACACGUCGGCAUUGGACUCAACCAGAAACUCAUGGACAUCAAUCCUUCCCUUACCGAGACCAUGAUUGUAGACCUUAACACGGUCGUUGAAGACAGGGAUGUCGAUAAUGAUGAAUUCCGUCUACUGGCACAAGAUCCAUUCGAUGCCGUCAUUAUGGCAAACACGGUAGAGUUCCUCACCAAUCCAAGAGAAGUACUACGAUCCGCAUGGUACAUGCUCAAGCCAGGAGGUCAAAUGUUCAUUGUCUUUUCGGGAAAAGAUGCUCCUCUCAACUCCAAAUUCGAAAGAGCUGCCACCAAGGUUUGGAGAGACUACAACGACGAUCAACACAUGUGGAUUUGUGGAUCACUAUUCGAGUUCAGUGCUGGUGAUGGAUGGGAUAGUCUCAGAGGAUUCAAUAUCAGUCCGGAAUCCGCAAAGGACAUGUCCACCGUCGGCACCAAUCCGUUAGAAAACAUGAUGAACCAAGGAAAGCCAAACAACAUCUUUGUUGUACAAGCCGUCAAGGGAGCACAAGAUGAUUCACUCAACGCCGACAACCUGGAAAAAUCAAUCACCAGCAAAAUGUGGAUGAUGCCCGUCGUUGAACCAAGAGACAAAAACCUUGUCAUUCCGAGACUCGUACGAUCCAUUGAAAUGGCUACCGAAGGAGAGCAAAAGGAGAGGGUCACGAAUGCCAUUGAAAACAACAUUGCAACCAUUCCCAAGGUCUACGAAGCACUCGUCAAAAUGGAUCAAUUCGCAUUCACGUUCAGUAUGCAAGCACAGCUCGCUACCGAACUCAUCAUUAACCCAGACUUUAAUGCCAAUGAAGACCAGUUGGUUGCUCUCAAGCAAGGACUGGGAUUGCGCAAACCUUCCAAGGAUUUCUGGGAACCACUCGGACAGUACACUUCACAGAUGGACGUUGAAGACAAAAUCAGCCUUCUCGGAUACAUCGUUCCUUGCUUUGGAUCCAAUGACCCAGAUCAACUACAGGCUUUGCAAGACUAUGCUUCUGGACUCAAGCCGACCAUGAACUUGGUACGCAUGAAGUGUCCCGGAUUGCCCGAACCGGAUGUACAGUUGAUUGCCACAGAGUUCUUGGCUGCCGAAAUACUCAAGCCAGGACAAACCACACGAGAAGACUUUGCCAAAUGGUUGGGUGAAAUGACAGAAGACGAGAUCAAGGCUCCGCUUGUGGCACGACAGAAGCUACGUAGAAGCUCGGCCGAGGAAUUGGAAGCAUUCCAAGAAGAAAUUGCGGAACAAAAGGCAGAAUUCGAAAAGACAAAGGAAAGAUACGAAGAGAUCAAAAAGCAAGCACGGGAAAACAGAUCCAUGAUCCUCAAUGGAAGGACCGGCAAAUUCGAGGAGUACAAACCAUAGCUAGAUUUUAGUUGACUUGAUUUUUUAGCAAUGACAGCCACUGUAUACCAUACUGUACCGGUACCCUGCCUGUUGUGCGUUCUUCUACACUGGCUGCCGGCAAGAAGUGCACCCCGCAUUUGCCUCCUUGCCAACCGUAGAAACGUACCGUGGCAGAGGGCUCCUGCUGCUCCGUUACUAAAGGAAUGAAUGCGCAUGGAUUGCAGGAUCUCAUCUUACUCGUAGUACAACGUCGUCGACUUCACUCCAUGCUCGUUUUCGGAGCCAUUACGUCGGCGGUGCUACCGUAUCGGUACAUGUAGCGGUAUGCUUGAAGAAGGGCGGCGCAUGAGCCCCAUCGCAACAAAACCAUAUUUGCCGCUUUCGUCACAGCAGCCAACAUUCAUCAGGUUCCGACACAUUGGAAAACAUGAUCAUAAAUAUCUGCAAUAGCUAGCUAAUCUUGACUCUUAAAGAUGCCAAGAUAGGUCAUGACUUUGCUGGGUAGCCCCUACAAGGGACACAGUCAUCCUGAGCCACCGGCACUGAUAGAUCGCUCGCUUAGCAUAACAGUUCAGCCAUAAUUCGCACAGACGAAACAACAAAAACCAAAAAGCAGGUCUACCCGGUAGCAUAGAGUAGCACAACCUCCACGAGAGUGCUCAGUCGAGUCCGGUUGCGCCGUUGCAAAGCUUCCCUUCCAGAUGCUAGAGCCGAUCUGUUCCUUUGGGGGCUUCCGGUAUGGCAGCUUGAAAGCGGAAAGAGUAAGUAGACAAGCCACGGUAGCACGAGUACGACGUUCAGGACAAAGCAAGAGUAUGAAUGAAGUUUUUUUAUUUGUUUUUCUUUUAAAGAGAGUAUUGAA